AAUAUCAGGUUGAGAACUUUUGCAAAAAAGAGAGAGAAAGUCCUCACAAGUAUCACAACACCAGUUGAACACACAAACACACGCGCACACACACUCAGCUGGUUUUAUGAAGUGGAUGGACGGGUGUGCACGCUGCAGUCACGAGCACAGGAAAAGGAAAUCAUUGUAAAUCCCAUUCAGUGCAUCCUUUUCCCAAAACGGGAAAAGCGGUUUUUUUUCUUACUCCCUUUUCCUUAGUUUUUCUACUCCGUCCUGCCUGUGCGAGUGUGACUGUGUGUGCGGUCCGUGUGUGUGUGUGUGUGAGUGAGUGUGUGUGAAGAGAGCACUGACCAACACACAGUCAGGCAGACAGAUGGGCAGCGAGUGACUGGGAUUCACCUGAGUUUGUUUCCCAUCUGCGGACUGGACUUCCAGCUGACGCGCUCUUCUCCCGUGAUCACUGACACUGUCAUCAUCAUUUAUUUUUUUAAUUUUUAUUAUUAACAAAGUCACGAACCCUUUCUGCACGGCUGGACCGGAGACGUGGAGAUGAAGACAGAUCUGGCGUUUUUCUACCGGACGUGGAUUGGACUAGUCUGCGCCUCAGGUCUGGUGACCAGCUUUUCCAUGACCCCGCCCAUCAUCGACAGCUCCAGAGGCGACGUUGUGAUUCCUGUCUUCCAGACACUCACAUUAACAUGCAGGGGACAACGCACUCUGGCCUGGACGUGGCCCGAUCAGACUUUGGCGGGACAGGAGCUAGCCAACCGUCAAGCCCAACCGUCGAGCACCAGAGACCCAGACCAGACGUCCAUGUUGGUCCGAGAGUGUCGAGGGCGACCUGGGUGGCCCUACUGUAAGAGGCUGGUCCUGAACAGAGCGCGGACCGUGGACACGGGCUACUAUCGAUGCUAUUACAAAGACGUGAAGGCCGUUAUCGACGGAACUACAGCGGUCAGCGUUUACGUCUUUGUCAGAGAUCCAGAGCAGCCGUUCCUCAGGAGAGGCGGCCACGGCACGGACCCUGAAAAUGACCUGGAGACCAUCUUAAUCACCCGUUUCUCCACACACGUCAUCGUGCCGUGUCUGGUCACGGUGCCCGACCUGAACGUCACACUCCAUACGUAUUCCAUGGUCCUGGAAGGGAGUGGGAUGACAUGGAGCAACAAGCGCGGUUGGUCCAUUCCCAGAGACAUCAUAGACAGUGUGCCCAUGCUCAUCGGACUCUUGUGUGUCGCGAUCCUGGAUGGAAAAGAAUAUCAAUCUGCGAACUAUUUGAUUCACACGACGGGAAGUCAGGUUUAUGAUGUCAAGCUGUUUCCUGAGGACCCGGUGGAGCUGUUGGUGGGGGACACUCUCACCCUGAACUGUACCGCUCUGGUGGAGUUCAACGCCGGGGUGGACAUUCGGUGGUCCUACCCUGGCAAAGAGACGAACAGCUGCGUGGAGACCAAGCCUCACCGUGAAGCUCUGUCUCACGCCACAGAGGCUGUGAGCGUCCUCACCAUCCAAAGUGUCAAUGUGACAGACACCGGGCCGUACGUCUGCAACGUGACCAGCACGGACACCACACUCACACAACAGACGCAGGUCAUAGUUCACGAAAGACCAUUCAUCAGCCUUGACUACAGAACUGGACCAGUGGUGGAGGUAACUGCUGGACAGAAGUCCUUCAAACUAAACGUGAACGUGUCGGCCUUCCCCAGCCCUGAAACACAAUGGUAUAAAGAGGGCAGGGUAAUAAACCAGCGGCCAGAGUUCAAGAUAAAAAGGAUGAGGGUUCACCUGAACCAUGCUCUGGAAAUCAAGGAGGUCUACCAGGAGGACGCUGGCCUGUACACCGUGGCACUGAGGAACACUGCUGCUGCACUGGAGAGGAGGCUCAACAUCACACUUGUAGUAAAUGUGCCUCCACAGAUUCACGAAAAGGAAGUGGCCGAGCCCUCCAGUCCGUAUCCCAGUGGGAGCAGCCAGACUCUGACGUGCACCGCCUAUGGCCUCCCAGCUCCCAACAUCAGCUGGCAGUGGAGGCCCUGGGGUCCCUGUGUUCUCAGCAGGCAGGUUCGACCAGAGCAGCAGGGUCGACAGAGCGACGUGAUCACGGACUGUCAGGACUGGCAGGACGUCAACACGGAAAACACGAUGAAUGAAAUCGAGGCCAUUGAAACAUCGGUCAAAGUUGUCGACGGGAAACAAAAGACAGUCAGCAGGCUGCAGAUUCGUAACGCCAGCGUAUCCGUCUUGUACAAGUGUUCUGCCGAAAACAAGGUUGGCAAAGAUGAGCGGCUGAUUUACUUCUACGUAACAACGAUCCCCGAAGGUUUCAGCGUUGACGUGCAGCCCUCAGAGAAUCCCCUGGAGCAGGAGACAGUGUCCCUCGUCUGCAGCGCAGACAAUUAUACCUACGAGCAGCUGCAGUGGUACCGCCUGGAUCCUCAGAGCCUGCAGGACGAGCAGGGCAAGCCCCGAGAGCUGGACUGCAGAAGUGUCCACCUCUAUGCUGACAGGCUUGACGCUCAGCUCUCCUUCAAGGAUCCGUCCAACAGCUGGGUCCUGGACUUCACCGUCACCUCCAUACAGCUGCGGGACGAGGGUCACUACGUGUGCGGGGCUCAGAGCAGACAUGAGGGAGACAGACAGUGUCUGUUCAGAUACAUAUCAGUCAAAGCCAUAGAGGCACCUCGGUACAAACGCAGCCUCAACAACCAGACGGUGAACGUGACCGAGUCUCUGCGGAUGGAGUGCGACGUGGAGGGCAGACCUCUGCCCCGCCUCUCUUGGUUCAAAGACAACCAGCCUCUCCACCAAAUGUCAGGGAUCCAGCUGCAGGAUUCAAACCGCACUCUGAGUAUCCAGCGGGUACGAGAAGAAGAUGCCGGUCUUUACACCUGCACCGCCUGCAACCAGCGUGGAUGUGUCCACUCCACAGCUGCCGUCAAGGUCAUCGGUUCAAGUGACAAGGCCAACGUGGAGAUUGUUAUUCUCAUCGGGACUGGAGUCAUCGCCGUGUUCUUCUGGGCCAUGCUCCUUGUCAUUUUCUGCAACGUGAAACGGGUUAACCCCGCAGACAUAAAGACGGGCUAUUUGUCCAUCAUUAUGGACCCAGUGGAGGUGCCUCUGGAUGAGCAGUGUGAAUACCUGCCCUACGACUCCUCGCAGUGGGAGAUCUCCAGGGACAGACUCCGACUUGGUGAGGUUUUGGCACCCGGUGCCUUUGGAAAAGUAAUUGAAGCAUCCAUCCACGGCAUCAGCAAAAGCAGCGGCCCCGACACGGUGGCUGUGAAAAUGCUGAAGGAUGGAGCCACAGCCAGUGAGCACAAGGCCCUGAUGUCGGAGCUAAAGAUACUGAUUCACAUCGGUAAUCACCUGAAUGUAGUCAACCUGCUGGGAGCCUGCACCAAACCAAACGGUCCGCUGAUGGUGAUCGUGGAAUACUGCAAAUAUGGGAACUUGUCCAACUUCCUCCGAGCCAAGAGAGAGUUUUUCCUCCCAUAUAGGGAUCGUUCUCCAAAGACUCAGAGUCAGGUCAGGAGGAUGAUCGAAGCAGGUCAGACAGACCAAAGAACUCGUAACCAACCGCCUCCGUCCUCCUCACCGGACACCGUAACUCAGAAACCUGCGGGUGACAAAAUGGAGGACCUGUGGAAAACUCCUCUGACAAUAGAAGAUCUCAUUUGCUACAGCUUCCAGGUGGCUCGUGGGAUGGACUUCUUGGCCUCCAGAAAGUGUAUCCACAGAGACCUGGCAGCCCGGAACAUUCUCCUGUCAGAAAACAACAUUGUGAAGAUCUGUGACUUUGGUCUGGCCCGAGAUAUAUACAAAGACCCCGACUACGUCAGGAAAGGCAACGCCCGCCUGCCUUUAAAGUGGAUGGCCCCUGAGAGUAUUUUUGACAAACUCUACACCAGCCAGAGUGAUGUGUGGUCAUUUGGAGUGCUGCUCUGGGAAAUCUUUUCUCUGGGUGCAUCUCCUUACCCCGGAGUUCAAAUCGAUGAGGAUUUCUGCAAACGAUUGAAAGACGGAGUCAGGAUGCGAUCGCCAGAAACUGCCUCCCCUGAAAUAUAUGGAAUCAUGCUCGCCUGCUGGCAGGGAGAACCAAAGGAAAGACCGACGUUUCCUGCUCUGGUGCAGAUCCUCGGAGACCUGCUGCAGGACGACAGUCCACCUGAUGGGAAGGACUACAUCCCUCUGAACCACUCACAAAGCUCCGACGACGGAUUCUCACAGGCGUCAUCUCGACCUCCCUCUGAGGAGGAGCUCAGAAUGACCUGCAACACACUCCCCACCAGGUAUUAUAACUGCGUGCCCUUUGCGGGCUGUGUGUUUGUGGGACCCUCUAAAAUCUGCCAGCCCAGGGUGAAGACAUUUGAGGAGUCGCCCCAGGAGAUGCUCCCUCAAAAAGCUCCUCAAGACAACCAGACGGACAGUGGGAUGGUUCUGUCCUCCGAGGAGUUUGAGAGAAUUGAACAUAAGCAUGGCGUCAGUUCAAAAAGUCGGAUGGGCAGCAGCAGCAGCACUGAGCCCCUCACCGCCUCCCGUGCUUCUCUGGGCUGGAGCGGCAUCAGCAGUAACGAGCCGUGGCGUCAUCCCAACUUCUUCAGUCAGCUGUCGGGGCAGACCUUCUACAACAACGAGUACGGGCAUCUGUCAGAGGAGGGUUUCUGCGACUUCUUCUCCUCCACGGACGCCUCUCCUCCCUGCCUCGCCUCCUCCAACGUCUAACCGUGGCAGAGAUGCGGCGUGACUGUAGUAAAGUGCUCAUAUGUCACUAGUCCUCCAUUUAUGAUCAGGUCACUGAUCCUCGUGACCAGAACUGACCUCGACUCAUCUCAGUUUUUUUUAUUUGUUCUCUCAGGCUGCUGCCUGGACAAACACAGCAAGCUCUGUGUUCGUGUAUCUCGUGUUUCUCCAACUAGCCACUGGGUGGCAGCAUUAUGAUAAAACACAUGCUAGACUUAGUUCCCCCCCCCCACACACAUUUAUAUUUGAUCUUUUAUACACAGAGUAUUCUACUUCUCUAUUUUUGUACAAUCGUGACUCGUAUGGAAAAUCGCACAAUAAUUAGCACUCGCUGUUCUUUCUGAGACUAAUGGGAUUUUUUUAAUUUUUUUUUCUCCUCAAACCUGCUGUGACAAAUGAGGGGUCAUUACUGAGCUACAGCGUCACAACCGUGAAGCUUUUACUGAAACAGACAGAUAUUCGUGAGGGUCUGUGUCACAGAGUGGACACUUGUGGACAGGUGACACCAUGAGGGAGGAAAGAGGGACGACAGUAAACAGAGGGACGUAGAGCGACUGACUCACCCUAACCACUGCUUAUCAGAGCUGGACGUCAGGCUGCUCAACACUCACUCACACCUUGACCUACUGCAGGCUGGUGUGAGUGAGGUUGGGGGUGGGGGAGGAGGGGGUUGUCUCUAAGAACAAAGUCCAGUUUACUCAGACACAAUUGCAGCCGAGUUGGUUACACAACCAGAGGUCAGGUCUCGUUCUCUAUGAAUGAUUGUUGGGAAGUGUUGGUGGAUGGAGUUGGUGCACAGACCUGUCACUGAAUCACCACCAAACACUUCAAUCUGUGAUUUUCAACAAUCUGAAUAAACAAAAUGUACAAAUGUCGGUUUCUCCUACGGAGCCUUUAUUUGAUGAACACAUCACUACAGACGACGGUCGAGCCUUUACGGAGGAAACACCAGUACUGACCUUCCCUAGUUCUUACACUCCUCCACCAUAGAGUUGCACACAGUAGUACUAUCUCCCAACAACACAACAACAACAACAAAAACAACACUUACGCCCAACAUAAAAUAAUCCUUGAUAGUACAUACAAGUACCAGAAAAUAAAAACUACAUUCAUAAUAACAUGUACUUUGGCAUUGAAAAAAGAAAUAUAUUUUUUUCAAUCAUAAUUCCAGUAUUUUCUGCGGCCAAAAUAACCUAAUACCUACAGGAUAUAAGUGGUAUUUGUAACAUAUUUCAGUUCAUUGCAGUAUUUUACAGAAGUAAUGCUACUACCACACAGUGCUGUUAGGCUUAACACAUUUUUUUUAUCCCUCAUCCAUCUAUUUAUUGUUGAUCUAAAGUAUUUUCAAGAUUAGCCAGAAAUAAAAAAGACAAAAAAUUUCAGACAGACAGUUUUGCAUUUCGGCCAUUGCUUCCUGUAAUAAAAGAAAACAAACUAUCCCAGAAACCAUUGCUACAAAUACUAUGGAUUUAUCAAUUAAGAACCAAAAAAGACUGGUUUUAGUGUCAGCCACUGAUAUCAAAUUAAACAGACUGAAUCAAGACGGAUCCUUCAAGACGGAGUAAACCAAAGGCACAGUCUAAAUACUGCAUAAUAAAAAGGCAGGAAACAAAUGAAAACCUUUUUUUUUUAGA